ACGUACCUGAUGUGACAAAAUUUUUAAGAAAUAUCAUUCAUACUUCUAAAAUGAAAUUAGGGUUUUGGUGUUUCAAUCAUGGAAGGAAGAAUUCUAUAUUUUGGAUUGAAAAACCAUCCAUAUUUAUCUGUUGAUGUGCCAGACCCAAGUCAUUGGAGUGAGUAACCGAAAUAACCGGAUCACCAAGCAACCGACAUAAUCACCAUCUCCAUUUGUUUUCCCAAAACCAAACACGACGAGCCACUUUACCACUUCCCCAAACAUGCCCAAACGCUUUUUCUUCGACCUUUCCACUACCCUCCGACAUUGCCCACCACAUGUUCGACGUUAUUACCCAAUCAAUAAAACACAUUUCCUUCAAAGAAUGUCCCACCCUUCUUUGAACAAUCGUUCUUUCUCUUCGUCUUUCUCUGACAAAACUGGGUUUGUAGGUUGGUAUUUGCGGAAGCUUGAAAGUCAUCCGGUUAUCACUAAGAGCAUUACUUCCUCGCUUAUUUACAUAGCUGCUGAUUUCACUUCACAGAUGAUUACAUUACCCUCUUCUGCUUCAUAUGAUUUCAAAAGGACAUCACGCAUGGCAGUAUAUGGGUUGCUAUUCUUGGGGCCAUCACAGCAUCUGUGGUUUAAUUUUCUGUCCAAAAUUUUACCUAAGAGAGAUGUGAAUACAACUUUGAAGAAAAUUUUUAUGGGGCAAGCUGUAUUUGGUCCUAUCAGCAAUACUGUUUUCUUCUCCUAUAAUGGUGCUUUACAAGGUGACAGUGGGCCUCAAAUUAUUGCCAGACUGAAGCGGGAUCUUCUUCCUACAUUAUUAGGCGGCGCCAUGUUUUGGCCUGUUUGUGAUUUUGUCACCUUUAGAUUCAUUCCAGUCCAUUUACAGCCACUGAUGAAUAGUUCAUGUGCAUAUGUGUGGACCAUUUAUUUAACUUACAUGGCAAACCGAACAAAUUUGACUGGAGCUUAGGUCUUGGUUUGUAUAGAAGAAGUAUUAAGUGUUCUCUAGCAAUCGUCUAUUAGAUGGAAUUAUCUGCAAAUUUAUAAAUUUUGUAUCAAUUUGGCAUUCAAUUUAUUAUGUUUUGUAUAUAGUCAAGACUUCAUCUUCAUAGUUUUCCUCUUUAA